AUGGGUCAAGGUGUAUCAUCAGGACAAGACAAAAAGAAAAAGAAGGGCUCUAAUCAAAAACCCAAAUAUGAACCGCCUGUUCAAUCAAAAUUUGGUCGUAAAAAAAGAAAAGGAGGUCCAGCUACAGCUGAGAAAUUGCCCAAUAUAUAUCCAAGCACUCGUUGUAAAUUAAAGCUUCUAAGGAUGGAACGAAUUAAGGACCAUUUGUUACUAGAAGAAGAAUUCGUCUCUAACUCUGAAAUUUUGAAACCGUUUGAGAAAAAGCAAGAGGAGGAAAAGAAGCAAUUGGAAGAAAUACGUGGAAACCCAUUGAGCAUCGGGACCCUAGAAGAAAUCAUAGAUGACGAUCAUGCGAUAGUAACAAGUCCAACCAUGCCAGAUUAUUACGUAUCUAUCUUAUCCUUUGUCGACAAAGAAUUACUAGAGCCUGGUUGUUCGGUACUGUUGCAUCAUAAAACUAUGUCCAUUGUAGGCGUUUUACAAGACGAUGCUGAUCCAAUGGUUUCGGUGAUGAAAAUGGAUAAGUCACCAACAGAAUCAUACAGUGAUAUCGGUGGUUUAGAAGCUCAAAUUCAAGAAAUAAAGGAAUCCGUGGAAUUACCAUUAACUCACCCAGAAUUAUACGAAGAGAUGGGUAUCAAACCUCCUAAGGGUGUGAUUCUUUACGGUGCUCCAGGUACAGGUAAAACACUGCUUGCAAAAGCUGUUGCAAAUCAGACAUCUGCAACAUUCUUAAGAAUUGUCGGCUCUGAGUUGAUCCAAAAAUAUUUAGGAGAUGGACCCAGGUUAUGUAGGCAAAUUUUUAAAGUAGCCGGUGAAAAUGCUCCAAGUAUUGUCUUCAUUGAUGAAAUCGAUGCUAUCGGUACCAAGAGAUACGAUUCCAACAGUGGUGGUGAAAAAGAAAUUCAAAGAACCAUGUUGGAAUUGUUAAAUCAGCUGGAUGGGUUUGACGAUAGAGGUGAUGUAAAGGUCAUUAUGGCUACUAAUAAGAUCGAGACACUAGAUCCAGCAUUGAUUAGACCUGGUAGAAUCGAUCGUAAGAUUCUAUUUGAAAAUCCAGAUCUGAGUACUAAGAGGAAGAUUCUAGGAAUUCAUACUUCAAAGAUGAAUCUGAGUGAGGAUGUUAAUCUUGAAACAUUGGUAACGACAAAGGACGAUUUAUCAGGUGCAGAUAUCCAAGCUAUGUGUACGGAAGCAGGUUUAUUAGCUCUUAGAGAAAGAAGAAUGCAAGUCACUGCAGAGGACUUCAAACAAGCUAAGGAAAGAGUCAUGAAGAAUAAGGUUGAAGAGAAUCUAGAAGGUUUAUACUUGUGA